AUGUUUCCCUCUGAUAGCCAUUCCCGAUCAGAUACACCAGCGUUCAAGCGAAUAGCUCGGUCAUGCCAACGCUGUCAAUCCAGGAAGAUCAGAUGCGAUAGAAAAAUCCUUGGUUUAACCUGCACCAAUUGCCACCUGGAUGGCAUCGAAUGCACUCCUGGAAAAGGCAAGCCUGCCGGGCUGGAAAGGCGCCGUUCUGCAAAACCCAAAUCCUCCAAUCGCAACACGGCCGAUGCACGGAGUCCUAGUGGUCAUCUUUUUCCAGUUUGCGACAACCGAGAACUGGUCCAAGAUCUCACGGCGGCAUACUCUGCGCUGCCAUGCUUCAUCAAACCUCUUCCUUCCCAUUUGACAUGUGAAGACACGGAUUAUUUGAGUUAUAAAAGAGUCUUCGAGAUUCCGGAGGCCCGAUAUCGAAAUGAGAUCUUGCGCAGCUAUUUCCAAUUCGUUUACCCUCUAUUACCUCUUCUGGAUGUCGGAGGCUUCCUCGGGCCGAUGUUGCAAAACGAUCCACAGGAUCAAGUCAGCCUAUUACUCUUUCAAGCAGUCAUGUGUUCAGGAGCGGCCCAUGUUGACAUUCAGAUUCUGCAUGCGCUGGGAUAUGGUACUAGAAAGGCUGCUCGAAGAGCAUUCUUUGAAAGAGCCAGGUUACUUUAUGAUUUCGACUGCGAACCCGACCGCGUAUCAAUGGUGCAAGCUUUCCUGCUGAUGACAUACUGGUACGAUGUUCGAGAGACCCAUAAAGAUCGGAAGUUUUGGAUACGUGCCAGUGUGACCCUUGCUCAAGACUUGGGCUUGGAUUUAGAUCUGGAAAGAUGCGACACCAAACGAGGACGAUUGUUCAAGAGAUUAUGGUGGUGCUGUUUCAUGCGCGAUCAGUUUGUCGCCCUGAUGACCUGGACUCCAGCUCAGCUUGGUUCAAGAUAUCGCGGCCUGCCCAUGCUCGAACUCGAUGAUUUCGAAAUUGAAGAUUUUCCUGAACCAAUUGCCCAUGAGUUCAGUAAUUGGAGUUUGAUCAACAGCAGGGAGACUAGGAUCAAGCUCGCAGCACUCUGCAUCGAAAAGGCUAAGCUCUGUGUGUGUAUCAAUCAGAUCCUGCAGGUCCGAUACGCAAGUCAUCGCCAUGAGUCAGACAGUCAAAUGAUCACGAUCCUGGUCCCGAAGCACGCGGCCAGUGAUCCUUUCGAGGUGGUUGAAUAUGAUCGAAAACUUCAAAAAUGGUACCACGACCUCUCGGAUACGAGAAAGUUCGACCUUCGAGACCCCCAAGCCCCUGCAUUUAUGAAGGCGUCAGACGUAAUUACCAUUCAGCGAGCACAUCUGAAAUUGCUGUUCUUGUCUGCCAUGAUCGCCCUCCAUCGACCUCAAGUAUUGGAUCACUCUGAAAUAUUACCAACUUACUUCUACGAGCUGUCCAAAACCAAAUUGUGUCAGGCAGCUGAUGAAGUAGCACAUAUUGCAAUGUGUAUUAAGAACCUUGAAAUGGGAACUCACAUGACUCCCAGGGGUGUCACUCUGUUCCUUCCAAUCAUGCUUGUCCAUCUUCAAGACAUUAGUCCGGAUAUGCAUAGUGUUGGGAGGACUCGGUUACAGAAGUACUAUGACUGUAUGCGAAUAUUGGACUCCAUUGGCGACGCCGGUGUCUCUGAAGAUUUCCUGCCUUCCCAACUCGAUGCAGCUUUCCGAAAACUAAACAUUCUUCCUUCACAAGUCAAUGGUAUUCCUCCUACGGCUAAUUUCUUCUUUCCUGGUGGGGGGGAUUUGCCCUACCUCGGAAAUGGGAUCUUUCCAUAUCUCUCUCAGCUUGGAACCAUAACUCCGUCUGAAGCAAGCUUACUCACCGAAUUAAGCGUCUACCAAAAGGGCGGUGGAAACUCCUUUAUUGUAUCGGAAGAAGAUUGCGAAAAUGAUCAAGACGACGUGAAUUCCACGGAGCUAUUGAGAAAUCAGUCCAGUCGAGUGGCUCAGAGUCGACAACGGGAUCAGACAUAUCCACCAGCACCAUCAAGAUCAACGACACCAACCCAUAUCACCUCUCAACCUUCUUCUCGUCGCAAUUCUCCUCUUCCGGUUGUGCAAAGUACCGUAGAUCCCAGAGGAAUAUCUCGGUCUAUCCCACAGCCUAUUCGCGACGGGUGGAUGAUGCCGGCGGUACCACCUACCCCGCUGAUCAACCCAGAUGAGGAAGAAAACGUGAUGGAGAGUUUCUUUGCAUGGAAAAUAUCUAAAUCAAAGCUUCCAGGGCACAGGCAAAAGAUCAAAGAUGCCUAUCAGAUCGUUCUCGAUCAGAUGUGGACUCUUGAUGACCUGAGAGCAAUGGAUGAUAUGCGGUCGGACCUUUACGGACUAGCCGUGCAGCACGGUCUCCCCGACGGUCUGGCACGUUCUUUCCGACGAGACCUAGCUGUCUUCAUACCGAAUUGGAGAACUUCGCGAGAGCUCCAGGUCCAAGAAGGAGAAGGCGCUUGA